AUGAACUUGAUAUCAGGAUCCCUAAUUGAUGAAAUUGGAGAAUAUUUUACCCACCCUAGGAGUAUUCCUAGUCAUCUUGCCAGUGCUGUCUCUGCUCAACCUGGUUUCCUUGUUUGGGAUGCUGUAAAGUUGCACACAUUUGGCGGAGGAAAGGAGGAGAAUCCUUACCUUUAUUCAUUGCCCUAUUUUAGAAUCAUCCCUUCAGUCUCCCUAUCAAUACUCAUUGGGAUGGUAUAUGCAGUUGUCGCUCCUUUGCUGCUUCCAUUUCUUGUUGGCUACUUCUAUCUGGGCUACAUGGUAUAUGUCAACCAGAUUGAAGAUGUCUAUGAAACUGUUUAUGAGACAUGCGGAGAAUAUUGGCCAUACGUUCAUCACUAUAUAUUCGUCGGAAUCAUUCUUAUGCAAAUCACUAUGAUUGGUCUUUUUGGGCUGAAGUCAAAACCUUCUGCUUCCAUAGCCACAAUUCCACUGUUAGUGCUUACUGUAAUGUUCAACGAGUACUGCAAGAUCCGUUUUCUUCCUACAUUUCGCCAUUAUUCUGUUAAGGAUGCGGUUGAACAUGAUGAACUAGAUAACAAGUUUGGUCAACUGAAAGUGAAUUGUGAGAAUGCCAAAAGUGCCUAUUGCUACCCCACUUUGCAAUCGGUGAACUUCAUGGCAUCAAAGUCUAGUUCCACGCAGCCAUUGGUUUCUUCAUUGUGA